AUGACUUCACUCAUUCAGGGCUUUGUUGAAAGUCUGGGGCAGGACUAUGCCACUGACAAGUGGAACGGUUAUGCAGAGGCGAGAUUUCAACCUACUAAAGAUCCAUUUUACGAAAAGAUGCCCAACGGUAAGAAGAAGCGGCGGAAGCUGCCAGAUUUCUGCUCCCAAAAGGAGAAGAAAGCUUGGAAGAAGUUACAAAAUAGAGCUUGGAAAGACGAUAGGUGUUUGUGCGGCUGUCUGUGGGUAAAUUGGGGACUUGGGUUGGCCCCCCUGCUGUCUAUAAUCCCAACGAUUGGCCCAAUCAUCAUGUACUGGGUUCAUUCUAAGCUUAUAUCAAUGGCCGACAAAGAACUCGCAUUGCCGCCAGAAAUGUUAGCCAAAAUGCAUGGCAAUAUCGUUUUGGAUCUUCUGAUAUCUUUGCCACCGCUUCUUGGCACUCUUUUGGCGUGGAUGAAUGCAUGUUCCACCAGGAAUUGUGCGAUGAUUUACAAUCAUAUUGCCAAACAAGCCACUAAAAGUUACAAUCGCCAGGCUCAGCAAAGUGCAUAUAAACAUGUGCAGGCUCCCCAAAGGUCAGCUCCACUGGCGGCAUCAGAUCUGCAAGAAAAACCAGUGAUGGUGACCGACCUGAAUAAUCAAGGGCAGCGAACUCCGGCACGGAAACCUCCACCUGCUGUGCAGACGGCCAAUCGAGGCUAUUGA